AUGGCUCGCAGCGUCGCUAUGAGACGAGUUCUCUUCCUGCUUUGGGUGGAUGUCGUGGGCAGCUGCUUCGUCUCCCUCCCAGGGGCCAGAGAUGAAGCACCCUUCAGUGCCGAGGAGGAGGAGAAGCUGUUCCAGCACUUCCUGCGCAAUCUCAACAUCAACGGGACUGGGGCCGUCAUCGCGUCGCCGGGGGACGUGCCAGCCCUGGUGGUCUGCUGCAACAACCGCGCGCCGCAGCCCUACUACUUCCACUGGACGCGGGACGCAGCGCUGAGCCUUUCAUCGCUCAUCUCACUGGGCAGGAAUGAUUCCCUUCCCAUCAUGCAGUCCUUCGUGGCACGUCUACGCCGUCAGCAUGCUCGGACCGUGGCUUCGGGUCACCUUGGGGUUUCUGCGGCAGAGGAAUCCUUUUUGGAGCCGAAGUGGACCUUGUCCGGCGCACCUUACGAAGGCGGCUGGUGCAGGCCACAAACCGACGGCCCUGGACUCCGUGCUCUUACACUCCUCCGCGCGGCCCCAGUGCUCCCGAGCAUGUCGAAAGACCUCUGGGACUUAGCCAGCCUCGAUCUCGACUGGCUUGCCGCGAAUCCAAACAUGGACACGUGCGACCUCUGGGAGGAAACUCUUGAUCGGGACUUCCUUUGGAAUCGGGCGGUGACACACGCGGCUUUGGUGGAAGGACGUGCUAUGGCCUUGCAGCAGGGCGACGUCAAGCGGGCCGAAAGGUUUGCUGCUGCGGCUAUAGCACUGCCUCCCACGGCGAACCACAUCGGAGAGGCCGAAGGUGGAACCUUUCUGACCAACUGCCCGGCAGAGAAUCCCGGGCCAGCAUGCCAGAGGUACGACAAGGCUUUGGAUGGUGCCAUCAUCUUAAGCUUGGUACAUGCCCAGGCCACGAAAGACACAGGAGCGCAGCUCCGCGGCAGCACCGGAAAGCUGCCUUCCCCAAGUUCAGCGCUGGCUGCGCGGAGUGCCUCGCAGCUUGCUGCCCUGUUCUGCCGGAUCUACCCGGUCAACCGCAAAGACACGGAAGAGGGCGUUCCUGGCGUACUCUUCGGCCGCUACGAGGCCGACCGCUACGGCGCCAACAACGAGGGUAACCCAUGGAUCCUCAUCACGGCUGCUCUGGCGAAUUUGCUCUACAAGGCAUCUGCGGAAGCCUCGGAGCAGGCGAUGACUGAGGAGGCUGCAGCAGCCUGGGCAACCUUCCUUGGCCAGCCAGGUCCCGCGAGUCCGGCAGACUUGGUCGCUGGGGGCGAUGCUGUGCUUCUGCGGAUUCGUCAUCACGUGGGCAGUGACCUGCGUUUGCAUGAGCAAAUCGACCGCCACACCGGGCUUCAGUACAAUGCCAAGGACCUCACAUGGAGCUAUGCUGAGGUCUUGGAAGCACUUCAGUCCCGGCGGGUUGCCGUUGCAGCAAGGAGAAGGCUGUAG